UCAUCCUUUGAUAUUUUAUUAUCUAUUUCUGUAAGUUAUAACCCUCCAGUAACACUACCUCUCAUUCUUAAAUAAAUUUCCGUCAAGUCAACAUGAAAACUCUUCCCUACAGUUUUAUAGUACUCGAGUACGUCGGUGGCUGGAAACCACUCGAGUGGAGCACAAAUAUAAAAGGGAAGUUAUAUGAUAUAUAUGCAUUGAUAAUCUCCUUAACAAUGGUCACUUUUUGCAUGUCUUGCGUGAUACAAUUAUUUCAUACAGAAAAAUUUGAAGAUAUGGUUAAAAAUAUGUCAAUGUCAUUGUCAUUCAUAGUCAGCUGUUCGAAACUGAUUCUUUUUAAUGUGAAGCAUGAUGAAAUAAAAAGUGUUUUACAGUUAUUCGACUUAAGUAUUUGCAGAAUUAGGUGCGCUGAAGAAGCUCAUAUACAAUUAACGUACGCUAAAAUAGAAAAAAAUCUCGUCAGAAAGUUUGGAGGUAUGGUGUGCGUUGCAGUAUUUGCUAUAAACAGUGGAUCAAUAUUAAAUGAUAUUCCAAGCAGAACUCUUCUAAUCAAUGGCUGGUUUCCUUAUCGUCAUACCAACAGUACAGGAUUUUGGAUCGCAUAUUUCCAUCAAUUAAUCGUAUUUUCUGUUGCCCCUAUGAUUUUAUUCUCGUUUGAUUGCGCUGUUUUUGGUGUGUUCUUACGAAAUUGUUGUCAAUUGAAAAUUUUAAAAAAUCGUCUAGAGAAUUUUGUUGAAAUAAUUAAUGAAGAGAAAUUAAACAUGAAAACUAAAGGAUUGGGUUGCACAACAAGAGAGAUUGAACGUAACAUUAUUGAGCAAUGCAUUCGUCAUCACUGGAUUAUAUUACAGUUUUAUCGACAGUCCAAUGAUUUAUUCGCCCUGGUAAUAUUUAUGCAAUACUCCUCUAGUUCUUUGGUACUUUGUUUGAGCGUUCAAUCAUCAACGAAGCUUGUUUUCAUGAGUCCUGAAUUCAUAUCUAUGAUUCUCUAUCUUGGGUGUAUGUUAUCGGAAAUAUUUUUAUUUUGCUGGUAUGGCAAUGAAGUAACACAAGAGAGUUUAGGAAUACAUUUAGCAAUUUACAAAAUGGAUUGGCAAAUUUUGACAACUAGAAGUCAGAAAGAUCUGUUGAUUAUGAAAACCCGGGCUAUUUUGCCAAUCAGAUUUACCAGUGGUCAUUUAAUAGAACUUUCUUUAGAUUCAUUCACUAAACUCAUUAAAUUUUCUUACUCUGCGUACAAUCUUCUUCACCAAAAAUAGUUUAAAGUACAAAUAAA